AUGACGGAUCUUCGAGUUAUUUCGCACUGCGUGGUGGGCACCCCGUGCUACAUCUCCCCGGAGCUGUGCGAAGGGAAGCCCUACAACCAGAAGAGCGACAUCUGGGCCCUGGGCUGCGUCCUCUAUGAACUGGCCAGCCUGAAGAGGGCCUUCGAGGCAGCCCCCAAGAUCGUGGAGGCCCUGCUGGGCUACGAGAUCGCGCAGGCCGCCUGUGGCGCCUCCCACGUCCUGGCCCUCUCCAGCGAAGGGGAGGUCUUUGCCUGGGGCCGGGGGGACAAUGGGCGCCUGGGCCUGGGGAACCAGGAGCCCCACAGCUCCCCACAGCUGGUGCCCCUUCCCGCCGGCUACGAAGCCCAGAAGGUCCUGUGCGGCAUCGACGCCUCCAUGAUCCUCACCUCCGGCCACCAGAUUCUGGCCUGUGGAAGCAACAGGUACAACAAGCUUUGCCAGGACAGGACGGUGUCCCCGGGGGAGCCCCUCCCGGCGGUGGCUGCGGCUGCUGCUGACCAGAUUCAAAGUUAUGACAGUGGGAAAAGUUAA